AUGGCAAGGGCACAGAAGUGUGCAUUGAAGUUCUAUGUCCCGAAGUCCAGCUUUCGUCUCACAGGUGCUGUUAUCAGAAGACCCUUGGAUUUGGAUAAUGGUCACCCUCGUCGGUUCACAGCAGCGGAAGGCUUCGCGUAUUUCGGCGCCAACUGUAACUUUGUCAAGUUGCGCCUUUAUGUAAAUCAAAAAGUGAAACGCACCAUCAUGAUCAUCAAUAUGGAAUACUCGGCCAACGAUCUCGCAGCAGCCAGGACUCUGCAGUACUUAGGAUACGUGCUGUCCGAACUGCUUCUUCCUCGUUCUAACUUGACAGCUCAGCGUCUACGGCGGUAUUUUGGACCUAUGAUUAUGCCUGUUCACUUCAGGAAGAGUGAAGUUCACACCGAACGAGAACUCCAAUACAUGCCUGACAUUGAUAAACAUCUACUCAUGUACGUGCAUGGUGCAUACUCUAUAACAUGUGCACUCUGGAACAACGAUCGAAUGGUACUCGUAGGCUUGCUGUCUACCCUUUUUGCCACCUUCUUAGCAUCCAUGGCCACUAAUUUAAGCUACACCUCCUAUAGUAUUCACCCCUCUUACACAGUUACGACCAGCGCGAUCCCAGGCAUCACAGGCUGCUACGGGAGCUCGCGCAAUGUCCAACACUUCAUCCCGUUUCUUCUCUUGUUUGUGUUUCAACUGGGACUGGUCUCACUCACCCUCAUACGAGUCAUGCAGAACUGGCGGUUGGCCAAGGGCCCUCUGCACGUCGUCCUGGUGAAGCAUAACAUAUACUACUACGCAUGCGGUCUCUUUCUCUCAGCCGUGAACAUCCUAGUGCCAACGCUGUCUUCGUAUGCCGCAUAUGACUCCGUUUUCCAACGUUUAGAAAUUGUUUUCCUCGCGAUCCUCGCCACACGCAUGCACCUCCAUCUCUGGCAUAUGGACAAGCACACGGAUGGCUCUGACAUCCUCGUGCAGAUUUCUCUGCCUGACAUCUGUGACGGGGUGGGAGCAUCUACAAGUGUUCAGUUGAUGCUGUGGGCUGCGGAGAAUGAGUGGAUAUGA